UCUCCGCAGGCCCGCCCCGUUCCCCAAUGUGUCGGCGCUUGUUGUUGCCCGGUGGGGCUGUGGGUGCGCAGUAGGGGCAGAUCGGGAUGCAGGAGGGCAGGAGAGCCCGGGGGACCGGGGCAGGGUGGAAGCGCCACAUCAUUCGGCAGCUGAAGCAUCGGGACAGGACCCAGAAUGCCCGGUUCCACGAUGUCAUCCAUUCCUAUAACAAACUGCUGGAGAAGUCGACUUUACUGAAGCAGCUGACGGAGACCAUACAGACCGAGCCGGGCAGCAGGUUCCAUGAUGAGGCGCCUGGGCCUCCGGGGGUACCAGAGACUGACGGGCAGCAGAAAGAAAUGGAAGAGCUGGACACCUAUAAUGGAAAAUUGGCAUUUGAAGCCUGUGAGAUGAGAGCAAGAAUUCAAGCCCAAGAGGAUGUAAUGAGAAUCCAGAACACUAGGAUGGCUGAUCUCUCCCAUACGCUGGAGUCGCAGAUAAACCAGAAGAAUCAGUUACUGGACGACCUGGCGUGGAUCGUGGCCACCAACGCGGACCUGAAAGAGGACUACGACCACGUGCACAGGCAGAAGCAGGGGCUGGAGGCCGAGUACCAGAGCAAAGUAGUGGCGCUCCUGGCCAUUACCGACGACAUCAUGAAGAGGAAGGCGGCCGACGCCGAGAAUCAGAAUGAGUUAAACGACAGGAGGAAAGAGGAGUUGUGGCGGCGCCAUUGUAAGAAGGCGCUACGGAAAUGCGUGAGCAGCGACGCAGGCUUGGAGCACACCCAGACAGCCGGCGGCACAGAGACUUCCGGCAGCGCAGAGGGAGAGGCUACAGUUAAAAAAACGAGGUCUCAGUCCAUGAUCUCCCUGGGCACCUCCCGAUUCAUGGGCACCAUAAGAAAUGUUUUAGGUUUCAGUUUCCGCAAAGGAAAGGUGGAUUUGCCACGUGAGGAGCCCUGGCACUGUUCCCCCAAUGUCUGUGUGCUGUGCUGUGUGCCCACCAAGGCCCUGUGUAACAAGGAAGUCCAUGAGUCUGAAGUCCACGCUGUGCAGUUUAGCCCCAACUCCAGGACGGUGGCGACAGGGGGUGCAGACAGGGUCAUAAAGAUCUGGAAUGUAAAUCACGGAAUGUUGCAGGUCUGUCGGACACUGGAGGGCAGCGGUGGUGGGAUCACCAGUAUAGAAUUCGACCCCUCGGGCCUUCAGAUUUUGGCCUCCUCGUUCGACGGCGCCGCCCACCUCUGGAAAUUAGACGGUAAAGCUUAUGAGUCUCUCACCGGCCACACAGGGAAGGUAACUGCUGCUAAAUUCAAGAUGUCGCUGUACCGGGCUGUGACCUGUAGCCUGGACCGGACCAUAAGGGAAUGGGAUCUCCAGAAAGCAGCCUGUAUAAGGAGAAUCUCUGUGUCCUCCUACUGCAGCGAUGUGGUUUGUUCUGAUUACUACAUGAUCAGUGGCCACCAUGACAAGAAAAUCCGAUUCUGGGACAGCAGGUCCGAGAGCUGCUUUCGGGAGGUGACGCUGGAGGAGAAGAUCACGUCACUUUUCAUGGACCAAGAACAGGGCCAACUGCUGAGCUGCUCCCGGGACGACGCCCUGAGCCUCUUCGACUUGCGCUCGAGUAACGUCCGGCAGGUAUUCAGAGCGGAUGGGUUCAAGUGCGGAUGUGAUUGGACGAAAGCCAUACUGAGCCCCGAUGGGAGUUACACGUUGGCCGGCUCGGCGGAUGGCACCAUCUUCAUCUGGAACACGCGCACGGGGUUACUGGAGCGGAGCCUCAACGGGCAGCACAGGGCGUCUGUGAAUGCAGUGACCUGGUCAAUGUCCGGAGACUACGUGGUCAGUGUGGACCGUGGCAAGAUGGCUGUGGUGUGGAGCGACUAUUGAGUGGCGCCAUUGAAACCAAGCUGCUAAAUAACAUACGGCCUCGGUGCCGUGAUGUCACUUCCUGUUGUUGUGAUGUAAGAAUCUGCCGGUGCCAUCAUCAAUGACCUCAUAACCAGCCUCGGUGACAUAGGAAACUGUUAGUGACAUCAACACGGUGACAGCUUUCCAUUCCCUGUGCAUCUACCGGUGCCAUAAGCCCAGUGACACCAGUACCGUGCCGUUGCCAAACUGGCCAAAGAGUCGCUUGGGCAGACGUGGCCUCGCCGUAACUUGCACCAAAUAUUGCCACGAACGCAGGACUCUCUUAUGGAGGUGCACUGCCCCAGGUCCUUCAGAUGUUGGGUCACAUUUUGCCCAAUUCUACCAAAGACUGUGCCACAAUCUGUGCUGCCGACUGUCUCUCGGUGCAGAGUAAGGAGACAGCUUAUUUAUUCUUUUAUCUCUCUCUCUGUAUUAUGGCAUAUCUUGCACUCUCUUGACCAAUUGCACUUACCUUUCUAGACUUAAUGUGAAGUCCACGAAGGUCACCAAAUCAUUGUGUUCCAACCAAAUCUGUUUGUUUCUAGACCCAUCAUGAACCAACCUUGGGCAGCGAGAUGUAGCCCUUCCAAUAUGGCCCCAUACAUAGGUUCUAUGGCAUGGUCCAGUCGCUGCUCUUCUUUGACCUUCAAGUAUGAAGGUCGUGGGGCCUUUAUCAUGGAUGAAGCCAUUUUCUUCUGUACAUCAGACUUCCUGUCCCAAAAACUUCUAAGAGCCAAAGCUGUGAGCUGCCCCAAGCCUAAAAUGGUGGGUAACAGGGGGCAAUAGUUGGCAGGGAAAUGGGGUCGGGGUUUGGCUAUGGCUGAGGAGAUUUGAUGUUACAUAUUUUAUAUAACAGUAUAAUAAUAAUAAUAAUAAUUAAAAAAUGGGGUUCAGAGAAGUUCUGCUAGUACUAUGAAACGCUGCACUGUUAUUGGCCAGAAGGGCAGCUUGAAGCUCAACAACUUCGGAAAACCCUAAGUAAAUGUUUCAUUGCAUUUGGCUGUACUGUAUGGUAUUCUGAUUGGUUGGAUAGAUUGGUGGGUUAUGGUGGGAGGAGGACCAAACGAAAAGUAGGCGCCACA